AUGGGUGUUCUAGAGAAUGACGCUCAGAACCGUGAGUAUCUCAAGUGGGAAGCUUUGCAGUCUGCCAUUGCUGAACUUAGCAAAGCGCAUGCUAAUGGAUGCGACCCCAUAAUCACCAGAGAAACAGUUCAGUUUCCUGAUGGAGAGUUCGAAAAUGGCCUUGAGUCAGUGUGUGGUCAGGUGGUGGCCCAAAACCGUAUUGUAGGGGGAGAGGAUGCGUCUCGUGGGGCAUGGCCGUGGCAAGUCAGCCUCCAGUACAACGGACAGCAUGCCUGUGGGGGGACCCUCAUCAAUACUGAGUGGGUGCUGACGGCGGCCCAUUGCUUCCCGAGGAAUUUAAUACUUGAGAACUUUCAAGCAAACCUUGGGAACUACCAGCUCUUGAACUCAGAUCCCAAAGCUGUGUGGUUGAGAAUUUCCCAGGUGAUUGUGCACAAGAGCUAUGCCGGAGAUGGGACCAGUGGCGAUAUAGCUUUGGCCCGGUUGGAACAUCCAAUCCGCUUCACCUCACUCACCCUUCCGGCCUGUCUUCCAGAUGCCAGUGUCCAGUUCCAAAAUGGUACCUUAUGUUGGGUGACAGGAUGGGGAUCCCCGCAAUAUGGAGCUUCCCUUGGGGCUCCUAAAACACUACAACAGCUCCAGCUGCCCUUGAUAGACACCUUAGCCUGUGAUGCCUUGUACCACAUCGGCACAGGCAUCAGCUCCAGCAAGCGAGAGGUCCAGGAUGACAUGAUCUGUGCUGGGUAUGCCAAAGGAGAGAAAGAUGCCUGUCUGGGUGACUCUGGGGGCCCUCUAGUCUGCCAUGUGGAUGGUUCCUGGUUCCUGGCGGGCAUUGUGAGCUGGGGUGACAUGUGUGCCAUACCCAACCGCCCAGGGGUCUACACCCGAGUUGGUUUCUACCAGGACUGGCUAGAGAGACACCUUCCCAGUGUUCAGUUUGGCCUAGUGAACAUCACUGUCUACUCUCUGCCAUCGGCCUCCACCACCACCCACAAAGAUUUCUGCCUUGUGCUUCUCCUCGUGGCCUCCGGCCUCACCAGGACGCUUCUUACAUAG